GGAUCAUGCCGCUAUCUCAAUUGGAUCAAGUACAGUACCCUGAAGGUUUGAUAGCGCACGUUUUCCCAGCAACUCGCGUAAUCCCGUGAGGGGCUGCCAAUAGCAUUCCAAUCUAUCAAUCGUUCCAUCCCUCCAUGUUGCACCGGGCCCCGAGGCAUUAAGACAAAGAAAUCUGCCAACCAGCUAGACUAACCAACCCCGCAUCCGGGCGAUCGAGCAGCACUCUACUAUACAACACAUACUCGUACAUUCCCCAUGCUGUUCCUAAGCCGAGUAUAUAAACCCCCAUCACGCCCAUUCAACUACCCCCCCCUCGCAAGCAGCAUCAGCAGCAGGCAAACCAGUACCCUUUCCAACCACAGAUUUAGACACCACCACCAGAGCUACCAUCGCAAAAUGUCCGCAAGCACGGAAGCCGGCUCCCUCUUCACAGACAAAGACAGUAGCGAAAUCCUAGAUUUCUGGUUCAAAGACGUCCCGGAGCACCCACACAUGGAGAUGAUACAACGCUGGUUUCAACCAAACCCAGCAUUCGACGACGCUUGCCGAGCAAACUUCGGCCCCCUCCUCUCCAAGAUAUCCCCCCUCCCCGUGGCGACGGUGACAGCGCUCGCCACGACCCCGCAGAAAACUCUCUCGCUGCUCCUCCUGCUGGACCAGAUCCCGCGCAACAUCCACCGUGCGGAUUCGCGGAGCGUGUACACGGUCACGGACCCGCUCGCGCUGGCGGUGGCCCAGCAUGCGACGUCACCCGCUCUGAGGUUAGAUCUAGGACCUGAGGCGGCGUGGAAGGGGUUUCCGAUGAGGCGGUGCUGGUUCUAUUUGCCGUUUUCGCACGGGGAAGACAUGAGUGCGCAUCGGCGCGCGGCAGAGUUGCAUGAGGAGUUGGUCAGGGAUUGUAAGGGUGGGGAGGGGGAGAAACUGGCGGUGGACACGGAAGGCUUCUUGAAUUCGCAUACGCAGGUGAUCGAGAGGUUUGGAAGGUAUCCUUAUAGGAAUCAGAUACUGGGUAGGGAGAGUACCAAGGAGGAGAUUGAGUGGUUGGAGAAGGAUAAACCUGCCUGGGCUAGAUAGGGAUUUUUUUCUUCCUCAUGUACCUUUAUGAGCGAGGUGGGAAGGAGAGGGGAGAUGAAAUUCAAUAAAAGAUAUAUAUACACGCGCACAGUCGAACUACGGA